UCUUUACUUUACAGCCAUUACGCUGAGCGACGACGGUGCCCAUCUCCAAUGUCUGACGACGAAUCAUCCCAGUCAUCUAUACAAAAUGACUGGGAUUUGCGUUCUGAAGAAGAAUCUGAUACGGAUGAUGAGAGCCGUGUAUUGGAUCAAGUCAGAGAUAUCUUAGAUGAAAACCUCAAUAUUCGAGGCGCCAUGGUUUACUUCCAAACUUACGGAAUGGAUGCACCCAACCCAUGUAUAACUAUCAAAGGAUUUGGUCCUGUUGGAUUUCCUCUGAACAAUGAAAAUGCUCGCGCUCUGAUGGCGUUUCGCCAAUCCAAGGACAGUUCAACCUGCAGGGACUUUGGCAAAGAAUUAAUUGAACUUCAUAAUCCUGUUUGGGAGCAGUGGGUCCAGAAAACUGUGCUAGUUGAAGCGUGCGAGCGACUGGGUCUCGACCUUUGCAGAUGUGAACUCGACAAGAUGACCAUACAGUCUCAAAGUUCCUCAACGGCUGAGAAUGCCAGUUGUAUCAGUUCAUUGCAGUCAGAAGGCAGCCAACUUCGACAUUCCUUCUUUCUUCCAAGGUCUACACGGAUAACCCAGCUGGGGUCCAUCGAAAUUUCCCUCCCUUCCCAAUUCACUGGUGGCGAUGUGACUGUUGCAUAUCCCACAAUGCCUUCUUACCCCGAAAAACUCACGAAAUGGUCGGAGCAGAGUGAACAAUCCACCACUGUUCUUGGCGUUCGUUGUGGAUACGUUAAAGCCGUUGCUCCGAUACAAACGGGAUACCGAGUAUCUCUGUCCUAUCGGAUAAUUGCCCCCCAAAGAUCUGAGGUGCAGCCCAUUUUCGACCCUAAAAGGGCUGUAGCAAGGCUUCGGGACACGCUAAGCCCCCAAAAUGAUCCUCCUGGAGUCGUGUCCAUCAACCUGUCUCACAAAUACCAACCGUCGAGUUCGUUUAAUGGCUCAUCAUUAAUAGGCCCCGAUGAAGUUUUAUUAUCCUGCAUACGGCCUGUUGCUGAUGUCCUAGGAUUAAAGCUCCUCGUUGCGAACAUCGUGCAUGAAAGAAGCGAGUACAAUUACAUCCAAGGCCGUUACGAUUCGGAGGAUGACGAGAGUGACGACGACGACGGUGAAGGUGAAGGUGAUGAGGAAGACGAAGACGAAGUUGAUUGGGAAGCAACCCGAACUCGGAAUAGAUGGGAUAUGUCCUACCAGAAACCGCGCUUCAGUUCCGAGGCGGAGAUAUUCAGCUUUAUUGAACGACACAAGGAUGACAACGAGGCGGACUUUACCGAGGACGCUUACUUUUAUCGGGGAAUCGAGAUAAAGCAAAUGGUCGACCUAGAUGGCAUGCCUGUAACAAUCAAAAAUCUCGACCUCCAAACGUCAGAUAUCAUUCACGAUGCAGGGUAUGGACAAGGCUAUCCUGAGUAUGAUCAUGGUUACAGAGAUGACCACUUCUGGGAGAAUGAAGACCGCGGUGAACCAGACGUUAAAGAGUUUGACUCAUACGCGGAUGAAGAUGACUUUCUUGCAGGAUAUGUAAAUCAAAAAUGGAACGCAACCAUUCUUCUUAUUUGCCAAAAAUGGGUCAGAAGGGGCGUCGGAGACAGAUUCGAGUAUGCCUAUCAUCGCCUUCAAAUAUCGAAUUCCGACAAUCCCAAUGCUGCAGAGACUGCCGCAGUUGAAUUUCUGAUGGAGUGGUGUGGGGAGGACUCAGACGAGUCAGAUCAGCCUGCGGAUGACGACCCAAGUGCCAAAAACGAACAAUUGAAUCGGGCUGCCAGUGUCCUUACCCGAUGCGCGAUCAGGUGGAAUGACAUUGAGCUCUUUUCAAGAGUCGUACGUGAAUUGGCGGUCAUGACAGACGUAGCUGGUCACAUCAGCGUUCAAGACUUCGUGGCUGCUUACAACAAGUUUUUCUGGGUGAAUGCGGAAAGAUGGCUUGUUGAUAUCAUCACUGCCUGGGAAACUAGCCGCCUGAGUUACGGGCUCGUUAGCGGAGUGAUGCAGGCCGCCAUUACCAAAGGUGAUACUCCCGCGAUCGAGGGAUGUCAAGAAAAGAGAGACUCGAUUCUGUCGUCAUUGAAGCCAGUGGAUAGAGAUGAAGUUCCUUGGCUGGUGGAGAUAGCAAAGGAACGUGGCAUCGGGUUUUUCCGAGAUCACGUUCUUUCUUCGCUAAGAGAGCAAAACCUGUGUGUCAGAUUUUGGCUGGAUCUUGGAAAAAACAUAUGGUCUGCUGAGGAUAUGUUCUCAUCUUCAGAGGCCUUCCUGGCAUUCAUUUCUGACACCAUGAAAUUGGUCGCCCAAAGAUUCUCAGCUCUUGCAGAACCCGACGAUACGGAGUUUGAUCUCAGCUGCUCCCAUGCCACGAAAAUGAACGUCAGCCUUGUCAUGGAUGUCUUGGCUCUCUGUGUCCAAACCGGUAAUACCCAACACUGUGGCCCGAUUCUCGAGCAAAUGAUGUCUUGGGCAAACAGAAAUGACGUGAAAGAACUUAUGCCUUGGCAGUAUUACAGCGAACUUGCCGGGAAACUGGACGAGUUCUUACGUUCACAGCCCGAUAGUACUGCCGUAGAUGAUCCUUGGGCGCCAUUCUUUCGGGCUGCUGCAGAGAUGAGCAUCAAACAAAGUCACCUCAAUGAUGAUAUUUUGGCUACUAUAACUAUCUCUCUCAAUCGAGCUGGUGGUGUUCUUGCAUUAAAGUCAAUCAUGAACGCUGAAGGUAUUGCCUAUAUGGCUGAAAAAAAGAAAGCUUCGUUGAAGAGGCUAGCCCUUAAUAUGCAUGCCAACCUACUUACACCAGAGGCCGCAGCUCCGGCUAGGCGAGAUCUUGACGAAGUUCUCAUGGCAUGCGCAAGUGCAGUUAUCGAGCAUUUUGAUUUCGCCAGCCUGGCGGACCUUGCAAGCGAAGAGGCAGUCAAUAAAGCCAUCGCGUUACUGAAAUUCUGCUUUGACUCUGGGGUUGGCGUAAAUUCCUACCCUGCCAUCUUGGAUCAGCUUCUUUCCUCUGCCGGCAUCACUCGAGCCCAGCUUCUUAAACCCUAUCUCACUGGCGUCCUCGUCCCUCUUAUCGGUCCUCUCCGUACCUUGUUAAUCGGUUUUGGCAUCUCUAUAAAAGAAGGGCCAAUCAAAACCUUCUUCUCUGUGGUUACGCGCUUAUUUGUGUCAACAGUUGUUGGCAAGAAACCUUCGGGGACAGAAAUUCCAGAUGCUACAACCUUUGGCUGCGGCUGCUCCGAGUGUGAGCGUACCAAGUACUUCUUGCAUAACGGUCCUACAGUCUCGUUCGACAUUCACGACGUUCAACGCGUCCGCGCUCACGUUGAGAAAAGGCUUCAGGUCUUCGAAGCCAAGAAGUGGAGCGUCGAAUGGGGCACAGUGAGAGGCACUAGGCCCUUAAUAUUGCGUAUAUCCAAACCAGAAUGGCUGGCACACAGACAGCAAGGCUUGGGUUUGCUCGACAGUCUGGGAGACACCGAAAUUCAGAAGGCUGUGCUUGGAGAGGAUCUCCCAUGGAUUCUUGGUGCUCUCAAUGGUUCGGUGAACCCUAAUAAUGCACCGUUGUCCAUGGAGGGAGCCAGUAGCCCAGCCAGAUGCAAGAGACCUCUCGAUGAUUCGGAGCAUGGACCGUCGUCAGCCAAGAAGCAAAAGCCUCAUAGUGACUUCUUCUAAUAGUGAGCGAUAUCUCUUGUUACCUUAGUUCGACCGAAAAAAUACUAUUCUAACCAUUCGCUUUCCUGUUUCUUUCGAAAAGUCCACAAUUUCCUCUAUAUUUGACCACUGAAUCCCAUGCUCCCUCCGACGCCGAGAGAAAGACAGUGUAUACUUGAUACCUCUUGAUACAUUCGCUGCCGAUGUAUAUUCUAGCAAAGACACCCAUACUUACGUACAUGAAUCACUUCUUUGUACUCCCAUGCGAGAUUAGGUA